AAAAAAAAAAAAAAAAAAAAAUUCAAAGCUUAUCUUUUUUUUUUCUUUUCUUCACAUGGGUUCUUUAGUUCCUUCUGUUUCGUAACCACUCUGAGAGUUUUCCGGGUAAAAAGUUUCGAUUUUUAUAUCGAAGAAAAUAUGCCUCCUUCGAUUCUGGAGAAGAUGGGAUGCUCAAACUCAAAAGAAGCAUCGACGAAGGAGAAGAAGAAGAAGAACGAGCCGCUUCUCUUAUGUAAAGAAAGGAAGAGAUUCGUCAAACGAGCCAUUGAUUCCAGAUGCGCUCUUGCCGCCGCACACGUGUCCUACGUCCGUUCCCUCCGUAACAUCGGAGCUUGUCUCCGUCAAUACGCCGAGGCUGAGACUGUAGCUGCUGUGGCUUCAUCCCCUUCUCACAACUCCUCCUCUUACCCUGACGACGACUCGGUUGACUCGCCGUUGAGUCGCAACUCGAACCCUCUCGACAUGCCGGAGUUAUCUCCUCCUCCGCCGCGACCUCGCCGGCCAGAGACGUCUUCUUGGGACUACUUCGACACUUGCGACGAGUUCGAUAGCUUUAGACUGACUGAUAACGCAUCAGUUGUAGGAUUAGAGAAGCAGAGUAAACAGAGCAAUGCAGAGGAUUUCAAAACAGAGCAGAGGAAACAGAGCUCUGAAGAUGAUGGUGAAAGAGAAGAUCCAUCAGAGUUUAUCACACACAGAGCCAAAGACUUUGUGUCUAGCAUGAAAGACAUAGAGCACAAGUUCUUCAGAGCUUCUGAAUCUGGUAAAGAGGUUUCGAGGAUGCUUGAAGCUACCAAAAUCAGAGUCAGAUUCGCUGAUGAUACCACCACUGGAAAAGGAAACUCAGUAGCGUUUCUCUCUGCUUUGAAGCGAGCUUGUUGCAGAGGGAAGAAGAGUCACUCACCUGUUUUUAAAGAGCCAUUGCACCAACGAGUCACUAAAGUUAUUGUGUGGAAGAGAACAUUGUCUUCAAGAUCCUCCACUUCUAGAAAUCUAUUGAUAGAAGAUCACGAUGACGAUGAAAGUGGAAGUGACUUCACACAAGAGUUCUGUAUGAUCUCAGGAAGUCACUCUUCUUCUCUUGAUCGGUUAUACGCUUGGGAGAGAAAACUAUACGAUGAAGUCAAGGCGAGUGAGAUGAUUAGGAAAGAGUAUGAUCGAAAAUGCGAGCAGCUAAGGAACCAGUUCACAAAGGAUCACAGUGCUAAAGCCAUGGAUAAAACUAGAGCAGCUGCAAAAGAUCUUCAUUCAAGAAUCAGAGUCGCUAUACAGUCCGUUGAUUUGAUCUCAAAGCGUAUCGAGAGGAUCAGAGACGAAGAGCUUCAGCCUCAGCUCUUAGAGCUUCUCCAAGGGUUGAUAAGGAUGUGGAAAGCAAUGCUGGAGUGUCACCACUCGCAGUACAUCACCAUUUCAUUGGCUUACCAUUGUCGGAACACGUCCAAAACUGGGCCUGAAAACGCUCUCAAGAGACGGAUUUGGUCAGAGCUUCUAGAGGAAACAGAGUGUUUUGGUCUAAGCUUUGCAGAUUUGGUCAACAGUAUGACUUCCUACGUUGAAGCUCUCAAUGGUUGGCUUCACAACUGUGUUUUGCUCCCUCAAGAACGUUCUACAAGGAACCGAAGACCGUGGUCCCCGCGCCGUGUGCUGGCCCCGCCGAUAUUCGUCUUGUGCCGGGAUUGGUCGGCUGGGAUGAAGUCUCUGCCGUCAGAUGAACUCAGUAGGUCUAUCAAAGAGUUCUCAACGGAUAUGGAGAUGUUAGGGGAGGAGAAGGAGGAUUCGGUGUUGGUUUCUGAAGAUUUGUCGACCGUGCAUUCGAGUUUGGCGAAGCUUCUAGAGAGAUUGAAGAAGUUUUCAGAAGCCUCUUUGAAAAUGUACGAGGAUGUGAAGGUGAAAAGUGAAGAAGCUGUAGUUGCUUACACUAACCAUUCUAACUGUGGUAGACCAUUAUUGUAACUAUGACUGGCAAAACUCUAGUCAUUUUUUAUCUAGUAGACGUGCUAGAUUAUCUGAAUCGGCUGCUCCUAGACUAUGGUUGAUGUUAGAA